AUGGACAAUGCGCCGCAGCUCACGACGGCCGCUGACCUGGAGAUGCGUGCCGCGAGGGUGGCGGAUCCUGGUAUAGAUCUGAAGACCAAAUACAAUGUCGCCUGUGAACUACGAGAGAUGAUAGACGUUGUUCGUGAAGCAGAGUCGGGUCGGGUCAUUCCUCACAUGGUCCCCGUGCUGCUCGACAUCCUCAGGUCUGGCGAAGCGUCCUUCCAGAAGGACAGUAUGGAGUAUCAAUUUCGCCGUUGCCUUCUCGACAUCUUGCAUCGUAUUCCUUCAAAUGAGGCUGUCCGUCCUCAAGCUCUCACCCUCAUGCACGGUAUGCUCAACCUCUUGCGACACGACAAUGAGGAGAAUGGCAUAACUUGCUGCAAAAGCGUCAUUGAGCUCCUUCGCACUUACCGCGUAGUUGAUGAUGGGGUACUGUCAGAGUUCGUCCCAAUCCUGCAGGACUUGCUGCAGAAUAUCCAGGGCUUGGUUGCCGAGACCCUCGCCGAGGAGUCUGCUCCUUUGGAUGCCAAUGUUAUCUUUCCCGCACGUCGCAGCUUCAAGGUCCUGUCAGAGGUUGCCUUGAUUGUUGUGACUCUCCUUCAGACCAAUCGCCAGCUCGCUACCGCGGCGCUUCAGCCUGUCGUACCUCUCCUUUUCAGUGUAAUCUGCCUCGAGUCACAGGCUCAGAAGAAAGCCAGAGAGGACUGCGAAGCCAUGGGCGGAAUAUGGUGCGGUAUGGCUCCCAGCAUCAAGAACCACGCUACCUAUGUGGAUAUGGUCACCGCUCAAGUCAAGGUUGUUUCAUGCAUUGCGUUCAUCUUUCGAGGAUAUGGUGAACAGUUCGAGGGAGGAGAUACCCUCAUCGUCGCUGUUGUACGCCUCCUGCAGGAUAUUCCGUCCGCUUCAGUCGGCCCGAGGAGGGACCUCAUCGUGGUGUUCAGACAUAUGUUCUCAACCCCAUUCAAACGUGCUUUGAUUCCAUUCAUUGACAAAUUACUCGACGAGCGAGUUGUUAUAGGUACAGGCGUGGGCUGUAAGGAAGCUUUACGGGGACAUGGAUUCGGCUGUUACGUCGAUAUUCUGCACCAAUUGCGUAGCGAGAUGUCUGUGUCACAGCUGAACCGCAUCUGCCAGAUAUAUCUCCGCAACCUUCACGACCCGCGGUGUCCUAACCAUGUGCACACCGUGUGUGCAAAGAUGAGCUUCCCCUUCAUCGAAUCCCUCGUAAUCAAGGACACAGCGCAAGGCGCAGCGAAGACUCUUCGGGUUGUACUAGACUCAACGGUCGAGAAGAUGGAGUCCUUGGCCGACGUUCAUAAUGCGCUAUACAGCAAGAUCGAGAAGACCAGGAAAGGGGAGAGUGAUUCUGUUGAUACCACAGUGAUCGAGAAGUCAAGGCCCAUCGGUGCUCCUCUGUACGCGCUCGAGAAGCCAGAGGAUGUUUUGACUUCACAACGGGAACUUGUACGCCUUCUUUUACAGGGAUUCCGGGCUAUCCUUGCCGCCCUAAAGAAGUGUGAUGCUCCAGUGCCCGAGGGUACUAUCGUCAUUCGACUAUUCGAGAGCGCUGUACGCUGCAUCACCCUCUUUGAGGGGGACCAGCGGGAAGCAGUAGAAUGCAUGGAGAUUCUUUGCAACGCGCUCCUCGAGGUGAAUCUUCAUGUAUUCCAAGAAGUGUGGUCGCAGAAGAUUGGGUUCUUCUUCGAAAAUGCAGAGAAGCGGCCAGCUCUGAUGAACCUCGCACACUCUCUAUUUAACCGGGACGUCAGCUCGCCCACCAUCACUGCCAUCGUCCUCCGCUAUCUCGUUGCGCGGCUACCGCAGCUCGGCGAGUACGAUGACCAGAAAGCCGCCGUCACGAUCAGGAUGUUCAAAAUGGCGUUCAGCGCGGUAUCCAUGCACGGUGCCGCCAACGAGCCUAUCCUAGCGCACCAUCUGGGUAAGAUCAUCAUGGACUCAUUUCCACUUGCCGCGAAGGCGACUAAGCCGAUCAACUACUUCCACCUUCUGCGGCUGCUCUUCCGCGCGAUCGGUGGUGGUGGGGGCCGGUUCGAGUUGCUGUACAAAGAGGUCCUGCCUCUCUUGCCCGAGAUGCUCGAAUGCCUCACCCGUCAGCUGAAUUCCUCCGAGGGCAUGAUCCGCGACAUGAUUGUCGAGCUCUGCCUGACAGUUCCGCUGCGCUUGACGCAUCUUUUGCCGUAUCUUUCGUAUCUCAUGAAGCCGCUUGUCCUCGCACUGCGAGGGAAUCCUGAACUCGUCUCGCAAGGUCUCCGGACUCUGGAACUAUGCAUAGACAACCUCACCCCAGAUUUCCUCGAUCCUACGCUCAACAUUGUGCUCAGGGAUCUCAUGGAGGCGCUCCAUAGCCAUCUCAAACCACUCCCCGCGAACCAUCAUCAUUCGCAUACGACGAUCCGCAUUUUGGGGAAGCUCGGAGGCCGCAACCGACGACUUUUGGACAAAGAGCCUGUCCUGAAGUAUCACGAGUACGCAGAGCCGGCGACGUCGAGGAUCUCGUUCGGAGGCGCCGUACAGGCUAUCGAGCUCAGGCCCUUGGUCCCUCUUGCGUCAAGUACUUUGGUGUCUGGGAAGGGAGGGGCAACAUACCGCGUCCAUUCGUACGACUAUCUCGAGAGUUGUGUGACGCUUUUGUUGCACGAGGGCCUCAGAGGACGCGACCGAGAAGCGAUUUUUGUGCAGUGCAUGCAAGGCCUUUUUCACGCAAUCCACAUACCGGAGCUGCAAGAAAGGGCGGAGAAGACCGUGCGCGAGGUCUCACUAUACAUAUUGUCGUCAGAGGCCCGCAGGCCCGUGCCGAAAGAUAUGUUCGCCCACAGACUCAACAGUCCCCUUUUGCUUUGCUACCUUGAGGCCCUCCCUCACGGCAUGGCACGUGAAAACCUAGCAGAGGCCAAGAAGAUUCAUGCCAUCGUCUUUGAUCUCAUGCACGAGUUGGCGGCCAUGCUGACACAGCCCGAUGUCACAGCUCAACAGGUCGUCUACACUUUCACCAUGGUUGCCGACCGAUUCAGCCUUCUGUGCAUCGAGGAGACCUGGGUGCUCAAAAGCGCUGGCUGUAGUGGCAUCGGGAUCAUGACCCAGAUUCCCGGGCCCGGUGUUAGGUGGAUCGUCGAACGCGAGGUAGAUCUCGUCAAGUCGCUGCUGCUGGUUCUCAAGGACAUGCCGUACGAGGUUCCCCGCGACAUGGAGAGCGUCACCGAAGUCCUUACUCAGGUUGUUCGAGUGGGAAGCGCCGAUCUGGGCACUCCGGGAGACGAGGACAUGACAAUGAAGAGCAGAUUCGUGAAUCUGAUUACUACCCUCUUCGGGGAACUUUCGAGCCCAAGUGCAAUGGUGCGAAAGGCGGUACAGAAGUGCAUACAGCUUCUCGCGGAGUUGUCUGGUAAAACACCCGCAGAAUUAUUCAUUCCGCACCGGGACAGACUGCUCUCCAAACUCUACACAAAACCUCUGAGGGCUCUCCCGUUCCCCAUUCAGAUUGGAAUGCUCGAAGCUCUCCGCUACUGCAUCAGUCUUCAACCUCCGCUUCCUGACCUUAGCGAAGAGCUCCUACGGCUACUGCAUGAGACACUCGCUCUUGCCGAUGCCGAUGAUGUGACUCUUAUUGCGCGCACCAACCCUCGUCAGUCUAGCCUCGAGAUCAUCAAGCUUCGCGUCUCCUGCAUCAAGUUGCUGACUGCUUCCAUGUCCUUGACGGAUUUCUUCGCAAGGCAGCCCCAGACGCGACAAAGGGUCACUAGCGUAUAUUUCAAGUCGCUGUACUCCCCCGUGCAGGAAAUAAAGGAGGUUGCUCACGAGGGUCUCUGCAUGGUCCUUACACAUCAAAGUCGAUUGCCGAGAGAGUUGCUACAGACUGGUCUUCGUCCCAUUCUAAUGAACCUGGCCGACCCUAAGCGGCUUUCGAUUUCUGGGUUGGAAGGUUUGGCGCGGCUGCUGGAGUUGUUAACAAAUUACUUCAAAGUGGAGAUUGGCCACAAGCUCUUGGACCAUUUCCGUGUCGUGGCCGAUCCACAAAUGUUGCAGGCUUCAUCACGAUUGCCACUGACAGAGAACGAGGGAAUCACCAAACUGGUGCGAUUGGCGAACAUUUUUCAUCUUCUCCCCUCCGCAGCCAAUAUCUUCCUCGAGAAUCUCGUCAACGCAAUUGUUCAGACUGAAGCUCAGAUGCACUUCUCGGGUCGAAGUCCGUUCUCCGAGCCUCUCGCCAAAUACCUCAAUCGAUAUCCCGUGGAUGCUGUUGAAUUCUUCAUGCGUCAUCUUCACUUCCCGCGGCACGUACGGACCCUGCGCAGCAUUCUGCAGGCCAAGUUGGCGUCCGGUUUAUUGCGUGAACUUGCGUCUCGAACAUCUACCAUCGUCGGGACGUGCUUCGAUGGACGGGAACCUACUUUGAUCUUGCCUGGACUUCUGAUAUGUACGGACCUCGCGGAUCUCGUCCCAGACUGGCUGCAGGAAAACCAAGAUGCAAUCGACGCCAUGUUGAAUCUCUGGUCUAUCAAUCCAUCUUCCCUUGAGCAGUCUGGUCCUCCUGUCGGCGAAAUCACUCAGCGGUACAAAUUGCUGGCCAACAUAUUCAUCAAGGCUUUACGACAGACUCCGCGCAUCGAUCUGUUAUUCGAUCUGGUCGCUAUCUUCUCGCACACCCUGCCCAUCGAUCUAAUCCACGUCUCUCAAUUCCUUUAUGAGCAUGUGGCUUUCAGCAACGACCUCGCCUUCCGUCGGAACGUGUUGACGCGCUUCAUCAUUUGGUUCCGCGAUACAUCGGUUCCUUGGUCGCACAAGACACAUUUCCUCCGGUUUGUCUUCACCCCCACUAUCCUUGUUCAUGCAGCUCGAUCACCGACGAAGACUGGACUCAUCGAUGAAAGUCUCGUGAACAAACUCCACAUGCACAUCUGGCAGCCAAUGAAUGACGACGCUACACUCAAUGACGCUGACGAUUCUGUCAAGAUCGAGUUACUUCACCUGACGACGGUCAUGGUACAUCGGUACCCCGAGCUCCUGCCUGAUGCAAAGAAAGACAUCAUCAGGUGUGCUUGGCACUAUAUCACAAGCGAAGACGCAGUUGUCAAGCAAACUGCAUACUUGCUCGCAGCACGGUUUUUCGAGGCUUUCGAGGGUCCGCAGAAGUUCCACCUCAGGGUUUGGACUGGACUACUGAAACCACCACAUACGGAAGGGAAGACGCUUACUCGUCAAGCGCUCGAUAUCAUUGCACCUGUGCUUCUUCGUUCCCAGUCCCCUGAUACGGGUUAUCCUCAGUGGGCGAAGACGACGCGGCGAUUGUUGGCAGAGGAAGGUGCUGGCUGGCAACAAAUCGGUAUGAUAUACCAGCUCAUCGUUCGUCAAGCGGCGCUCUUUUACCCUGUCCGGGCCUUGUUCAUCCCACAUAUUGUCAACUACGUCCCAAAGCUUGGUCUGGCACCGUCGGCGUCAAACGAGACACGAUUGUUAUCUAUAGAGAUACUCCAGGUCAUCUUCGAUUGGGAGCAGAAAGCAACAGCUUCGAAAGAUGAUAUUUCCACAGCAGCGUCGACCAGUACUGACGCUUGGAUCACUCCCCUACCCUUCCGCGAGAGCAUGGUGAGCUACUUGGUCCGCCUAGCGACCACAGCACAGGAACAGCAAGGCCGUAAAGAUAUAGUGUCCCGUGCGCUGUCUCUCCUGCGAUUGAUGGUGGGACCUGGUGGUUGGAGCGACGUGACAUUCAAGUUGCACUACUUCUCUCGUGCAUUGGAGCAGAAUGACGUCAAAGGCGACGCAUCUGCUUUGAGUCAAGCACAAAGUGCAGCUAAAGUCCUUCAGGUCAUAUCCGCAGACAAAACCGAUCUAUGGUUCAUCUCGAACGCAGUUAUUCUCACAAAGCUGGUCAAGAAGGGAUUGAGCAGCGAGGAUGUUGCCCUACAAGACUCUCUCCAUCCCAUCUUUGAUCGCUUAGUGCGUCUAUUUCCGCUCCCGAAAGAAGAGGACGAUCAGCAGACGGACGCGUCGGACUUUCACUCUUUCGUAUACACGUCAAUCAGCGAAAACUUACGCAAUGCUGAUGAACUGCGAAACACUAGCUGGGUGAUCCUGCGAGGUAGCCUUUCUAUGCUGAAAUCAGUGGCUCAAGUAGUCCCCGAACGGAUAGAACCGUUCAGCACGUAUCUCAUGAAGCUCCUGGUUCGCUUAGCGAAAGACCAUAUCCAAUCCUCCCCAUCGACUCCUGGGUUUGAGACCACUGUUCGCCUAGUCACGACCAUACUAGAGAUCUCCCAUAUCUCGGUAGCGCAUCUUGGCGAGCAGAGGAAGGCCCUUCUUAGCGCCUUGUCUAUAAUGGUCGAGAAGUCGAAGAGUGGAGGGCUUUGCAGGUAUAUGCUCGAUAUUGCUCGCGACUGGGUGAUGAACAAGCGCGACCCAUAUCCUACGAUGAAGGAGAAAGCAGCAUUGCUACAGAAGAUGGCCGCUUUCGAGAUGCGCGGCGAACGCGGAGAAGCCCUCUUCAACAGCUAUCUGGAGUUGAUUUAUGAGAUCUACACUGACCCAAGCUUGCGCCGCACAGACUUGACAACAAGGCUGGAACAACCAUUCCUCCUGGGUUGUCGGGCAACAGACAUUGCCAUUCGCGAGCGAUUUGUGGAUCUGAUUGACGUCAGCAUACCGCGCCCCCUAUACAAUCGACUGACGUACAUCCUCGGCGUACAGAGUUGGGAAGCACUAUCGGAUCACUAUUGGUUGUUCCUGGCACUCCAUUUACUCUUGGGCUCUGCCGAUAUGGACAUUGUGCUUACGCCUGACCGGAAGGACACUCUGGAGUCCACUUUCACACCUCCACCACUGAAUUUGGGUUGCUCAUCAACUUUACUUCGGCCAUUACAACGACUAGCGUUCUUCGAUUCCCAAGUGGUCCACGAGGUUUGGAUUUCUGUCUUUCCCGCUGCUUGGGCGUGCCUUUCCAGACGGGAACAAAUCGAGAUUACACACCAUAUGAUCGUUCUCCUUAGCAAGGAAUACCAUAUACGACAAACGGAUCUGCGACCAAAUGUCAUUCAGACAAUCCUGGCAGGCAUCCAAGCCUGUGAUCCGCCCAUGAGUCUACCUCCUCACCUUGUCAAGUACCUCGCGAAGACAUUCGGAGCUUGGCACGUAUCGUCAGAAAUCCUACAAUCAUCACUUCUCCAAGUUCGCGACGACGAGGCCGUAGUGCGCGAUACUACCUACGACUCACUUGCAGAGAUAUACGCCGAAUUGGCAGAAGAAGAUUUAUUUUAUGGCCUUUGGCGUCGUCGGUCUUUGUUCUCGGAGACGAAUACGGCGAUAGCAUUCGAGCAAUCCGGCAUGUGGGAUCAGGCAAUGAGCACGUACGAAACGGCCCAGGGCAAAACUCGAGCGGGUACUCUGCCGUUCUCGGAAGCAGAAUUUUGUCUCUGGGAAGACCACUGGGUCCUGGCCUCAGAAAAGCUUCAGCAAUGGGACGGACUUCUAGAACUUGCUCGUGUCGAGGGUAACCACGAACUCAUGCUGGAGAGCGCCUGGCGAGUCAAGGACUGGUCAGCCAGCGUCGACGAGUUAGAAGCUCAAAUCAGUCAGCUUCCCGACGUCGCCACCCCCCGUCGACGCGUAUUCGAGGCAUUCAUCGCGUUGCUCAAACUGCCAGGUGCAUUAGAGAAGAACCUAGAUUUUACCAGACUCUUGGAAGAUGCGAUGCAACUGUCCCUUCGGAAAUGGGUCAGCUUACCUCCCAAUUUAUCAGCGGCCCACAUUCCCCUUUUGCAACAUUUCCAACAAUUUGUGGAACUCCAAGAGGCGGUGCAGAUCUUUGGUUCCCUUUCCACGACGACUGCCCUCAAUCUCGAGAAGAAAUCAUCUGAUCUGAAGAUGGUGUUGCAAGCUUGGCGGGAGCGACUGCCCAAUGUAUGUGAUGACAUCAGCAUCUGGAGCGACCUUGUAGCAUGGCGCCAGAACGUCUUUCAGGCGAUCAAUAAGACCUACAUCCCUCUCAUUAAUCCUGCGGGUUCAAAUGGGUCGGCAGGCGGUAACUCACCCACCUUUGGCUACCGCGGCUAUCAUGAGACGGCUUGGAUCAUCAAUCGCUUCGCUCAUGUUGCUCGUAAACAUGAUCUCCUCGAGGUCUGCGGCAGCCAGCUUGCAAGGAUCUACACAUUGCCCAAUAUCGAGAUAUCAGAGGCUUUUUUGAAGCUCCGAGAGCAAGCACGUUGCCACUACCAAAAGCCGGGCGACCUUCAGGCCGGUCUGGAAGUCAUUAACAACACCAACUUGAUGUACUUCUCAAACUCCCAGAAAGCCGAAUUCUAUACUCUGAAGGGCAUGUUCCACGCCAAAUUCGGUCGCGCUGAUGACGCAAAUCAAGCAUUCGGUCAGGCAGUCCAGCUGGACAUGAAUCAAGCGAAGGCUUGGGCUGCAUGGGGUCGGUUCAAUGAUCAGAUGUUCAAAGACGGGAACGACAUGGCCAUCGCUGCGAAUGCAGUCAGUUGUUACCUGCAAGCUGCCGGGCUAUACAAGAGCCGGAAGAGUCGACCCUUGCUUACUCGUGUGCUCUGGUUGCUGAGCGUGGACGACUUCAGUUACACGAUCUCACGCGCCUUUGAUACCUACAGAGGCGAUGCUGCAUUCUGGUAUUGGAUCACCCUGAUUCCCCAACUUCUACUCUCUGUAGGGCAUCGAGAAGUCAAGCAGGCGCGUUAUAUUCUAUUGAACCUAGCGAAGCUCUACCCCCAGGCUCUAUACUUCCAAUUGCGGACUACCAAAGAAGACAUGACCAAUGAUAGACGUCGGUUGGCAAUGGCAGCUCAGCGAGUACACAACGCCGGCGAAGUCCAAACACCCACGCAAGGUGCAAAUGGGGAGCUACCUAGACGAUCUGAUCCUGGGCCGUCGGGACACGACAUGGCUGGUGAGAGCACCGUCGACGUUAAGCCUAAUACGUCGCUUGAUGAUGUCUCACGAGCUUCAGCGAUGAGCUCGCAUGCAACAGCUGAGGGGUUACCUAUCGCUACGCGGCCACCAACAGUUUCCACAGAUACUGCUUCUCACCCAGCGCGCCAGACUUGGGACUAUGUGGAUGAAGUUGUCCAGAUGCUGAAGACGGCUUUCCCAUUACUCGUCGUCAGUAUGGAAGGGAUGGUCGAACAGGUGCAAAAUCGCUUCAGAGGUGGGCAUGAUGAAGAGGUUUAUAGGUUGCUCUGCAUGGUUGCGACUGAUGCCAUGAACCAAUACAUGAUCCGUAUCAGUAACGAGGAUGACAAUCAAACACCCCCGCAAUCUCUGAACACCCUGUUCCGGGCGGCUCAGAACAUUCCUCCUCCCAGACGGAAAGAGUGGGAGGACGACUUUUUGAAGGAGAAGCUAGAUAUGUCAGAAUUCAUUCGGCGCCUCCAACGGUGGCAAGCCAAGUACGAACGUUACUUCGAUGCUCGUCCUCGAUUCCAACCUCUAGACAUUCCCCACGGAUCUUUGAUGGAGUUCCAGCAUACCAAGUUCGAUGAUAUCGAGGUUCCCGGUCAGUAUACCGAGGAUAAGGACAGCAAUCAGAAUUUUGUCAAGGUAUCCAGAUUUGAUCCAAGAGUCGAGAAUUGUCGAACGUUCGGAUACUGCUGGAAGCGUUUGACGAUACACGGACACGAUGCUUCGAAGACGACCUUCGCGGUACAGAAUCCGGCUGCAAGACAUUGUCGUAGGGAAGAGAGGGUUAUGCAACUUUUCCGCACAUUCAAUGGCGCUUUGUACCGUAAGAAGGAAAGCCGCAAGCGGAACUUACAUUUCCACCUGCCAGUCAUUAUACCGUUCACUCCCUCGUUGCGUCUAGUGCAAAAUGAUUCAUCUUAUGUCACGUUGGGAGACAUCUAUGAUCAGCACUGUCUCGAGGCUGGUUUUGUGCGAGAUGAUCCAAUCUUGCUCAUCGGCGAGAAGGCCAAGGCGACGCUCAAGGCAUUCAGAGAGACGCAUGGGAGAAAGCUGGACAACGUAGGACUCAAGAAGGAAUUGAUGGAUGAGGUCACCUUGAAGAUGGUACCAGACAAUAUCAUUACUCGGUACUUGAUUCGUACGAUGGAUGGUGCUUGUGAGCUCUGGCGAAUGCGAAAGCAAUUCGCUUCGCAGGUCGCUAGCACCAGCUUCAUGACCUAUCUAUUGCUCCUGUCCUACCGAGCUCCUUCACGAUUCCACUUGUCUCGCACAACGGGACAAAUCGCGCUGAGCGAAGUUUUGCCAUCGCACGUCAACACGUCGCCAAUAUUUGGGACUAUCGAACAAACGCCGUUCCGAUUGACACCCAACAUGCAACACUUCAUAGGACCCUUAUACAUGGAUGGCAUCCUGGCGUGUGGGAUCAUGUCGAUCGGUCGCUGUCUCACAGAGCCUGAGGCAAGUUUCGACCUCGAGAACCAGCUGUGUCUGUUCAUACGCGACGAAGUGAUCUAUUGGAUUCAUACUCGGGGCAAACCGUGGAGCAAGGACCACUCACUGCGCGCAAUCGCACAAGCCACUACAGAGGGCGUCGUGCAGCGGGCAGAGACACUUGCAUGUAAGCUAGAGCGAGAACAGGCACUCAACAAUCCUCAGACUCCGGGCACCGCACCAGUGCUACAGACUGUGACCAAUUUGAUCAGCGCAGCAACUAACCCUGUCAAUCUUGCGAAGAUGAAUGAGCUAAAUUUCCCCUGGUUUUGAGAUUACGAGUCGUGCUUUGUCAAUGCUGUCGUGUGCAUAUCUUGUAUUAUACUGUCACUGCUACAUCGGGAAUCUGUAAUGUGAAUAUAUCGUUAUCGCAACUUU